UUUGAGGCAUCACUAGCGAGCACGUGUCCCAAAGUUAAAAUCGGAAGUUAUUGCACUUGUCUGAUGUAACAAUUUCAAAGAUAAAACAAAUACAUUUUUUAACGCGUGUUUCAGCUGUGAUACAUUAUGGAUGCAAAUAAAGGCGAGAUAGAUGAAACUAUAGAAAUUAUACUUUUAAUUAAUUUCUCCAUAAAUGAAGUUCCCAAUUUGCCAUGUGAUGUACGCAACAUAUUGAAUGGCAACUAUGAAGAUGUAAUAAAUAAUACAAUCUCUGCAUUUAUAAUCAAAGAAAGAAAUAAUCAUGAUAAUUUAGAAGAAAUUAUACAUAAAGUUAUGAGUGAAACUAAUGCACAUCAUUUAUGGUUAUACGCUGGAAUAGCGUCUUUAUUAUACUUUACACAAUGCAAUUGGACAGGUCCAUAUGUCGACGAGGAUAUUGACUGGUUGAAAGCUGAAAGGCACAAAGCGUUCGAGAAAUUAUCAUUAUACGACGAGUGUAAUAUAAAUGUGCAAAAACCAGAGUUGCUCUAUUUGUCUAAAAUGAUUUUCUCUAAUAUAGACUUGCAACUCAAGUACAAAAGCUGCAUUUGGUGGUUACUUAGAGCCAACUUGUUGCAUCAGCACAUAUUAGAUGAGAAUUUAGGGACAAUAUUUGAAGAAACUGAAAAUCUAAUAUUGAGAAUCGAUUCUCUUAGUCUGUUAGAAGAUUCUCUUUGUAAGCUUUUGUUCAAUCUGGAAGCUGCUAGGUUUUACUUGUGCUUCCGAAGAAUACAGGAUUCUGAAAAAUAUCUUGAUCAAGCACAGAACAUAGCAAACUUAACAUUGACUCUACAAGGGGCAAUGGGAAAACGUACAAAAUAUCAGUUGGAGGAAAAGUCACAGCUAUACUUGAAAGUGGUAGUAAACAAAAAUAUUUUCCCAACGAUAGAUUGUGAAGACACACCAAUAUCUGCGACUCUAGAUGACGCGUCGAGGUUGGAAUAUAUUGAGUUUUCAGAGCAUAUAGAGGAAACCCAGUUGGGUGCGGUGGAAGAAGCUGUAAUUUUAACAAAAUACACUCAGUUACAGAUAUGUCAGCCUAAGCACAAACUCACUCGAGAGGAAAUCAGUCCCUACAUGACUAAAGUUAUAGAGAACACAAAGAAUUGGUCGUUAAAAAUGGCUUCUCUGUACUAUCGUUGCUUACUAGAGCGUGAUCACUUUAGGACUGCAGAGCGAUGUCUGAAGCAAGGAUUCUCUCUGGAGAAAGAGUACAAUAAUGGAAAAGCACCUGUAGCCAGAAGAAUCGAUCUAUUUUUCGUGAGUGGUAUGAAACCUAUUUGGACGUUGAGAGAGGAAGUGGCUUGCCAAAUGUUUCAUUUCGAUAUGGUGAAGGCUGCUUUGGAAGUCUAUACGAAACUCGGUUUAUGGGAAAAAGUGAUUACCUGUUACCGCAGAUUAGAUCUAAAUCAUAAAGCAGCUGAGAUCAUUCAACAAGAGUUAUCCAAGAAACCUACAGUGAAGUUAUGGUGCAUGUUAGGAGACGUAACUGGCGAUGUGAGUCAUUACAAGACAGCAUGGAGAUUGUCCGGAGAAAGUAGCAGUAGAGCACAAAGGCAAUGGGGAUAUCAUUAUUUCACGAGGAAACAUUAUGUUGAGGCUAUACCACACUUGAAAUUAUCGGUCGAGUUGAAUAACAUUCAAGAAGACGCGUGGUUCAGACUGGGCUACGCUGCAUUACUGAUAGAAAAUUGGAAUUUAGCUGCCACAGCAUAUAGACGCUACUGUGCUCUAGAACCAUCUAAUUUCGAGGCAUGGAACAAUUUAGCAAAAGCGUACAUAAAAACGGGAGAUCUAGCGAGGGCACGAAAAUCUCUGGAGGACGCUGUGAAAUGUGAUUACGAUCGUUGGGAAGUAUGGGAUAAUUUCAUGGUCGUCAACACCGAUUUAGGACAUUUUUCAGAAGUCAUUCGAUGUUACCAUCGCAUCCUGGACUUGAAAGGUGCCCACCUGGAUGUCCAAGUUCUCCGAAUAUUAACAGAUGCCAUAGUCAACGAUAUCAGUGACGCAAAUGGAAAUCCGGCAUCUCGUUUGCUUCCGAAGAGUUUAGAAUUAUUUGGAAGACUCAGUGUUAAGAUGGAUAACGCGCACAUUUGGAGAAUGUAUGCCCAACUCGCUGUAUUGAAGAAGACAGAUGUCGAUGAUGAGAAAGCAGCGCAUUACUUGCAGAAAGCGUACCGCGUUGCCACUUGUGAUCCGCACUGGUCCGAUAAUGAAGAUCAAACUUUGUAUGUGUUAGAAUUAUGCUGUGACUUAGCACAGGCGUAUCUACGUUGCGCCGACCCUGACGCGGUCAAUAAGAAGAGAAAGAUGCUGGGAAGCGCGAAAUUAUCGCUUCAGAAAGUCGCGAAGGAGGUCAAGAAGCGGGAAUGGACUCAUUCGAGUAUCCUCGAGCCGUUGGCCAAAGUUGAAGAGUACUUAACGGUUGUAACGAAUGAUUUGGAUGAAAUAAAACUAAUAUAGAGUCGAAGAAGCAGGUACAUCCUUU